GUCGUUCGGUACCUGUUGCCGAAUCCCAGCCAAGAUGGGGACAGGCAGGGGGGCAAGGAUACCACUAUGGAUACCAAUGAUAGUGAUCGCCUUAACAUGCCAAAAAGUCAACACCCAGGUUGAACAAUCCCAGUAUGAAGACCAGCAAUCCCAGUAUGAAGACCAGCAGUAUGAUCAACAGCAGCAGCAGUCAAAUUACGACUAUCCAUCUGUGCAGCCGACACAUGAUGACCCUUUUGUCAAACCAUCUCGUAGUCCUCCUGUGACCAUCAUCCCUCCCAUGAGAACAACUCUGGCUGUGAAAGCCGGAAACUCUGCUCACAAUGGGAGAGUGUGUAGCACAUGGGGCAACUUCCAUUUCAAGACCUUUGAUGGGGACAUCUACCAUUUCCCUGGCACCUGCAACUACGUCUUUUCCUCCCACUGCAAAUCUGAUUAUGAAGACUUCAACGUCCAAAUAAGGCGCUCUGUGGUUGAGAAUGCUGCCAUUAUCAGCCAUAUCAUCAUAAAAAUUGAUGGAGCAGCCAUUGAACUGACGCCACACUCCAUUACUGUCAAUGCAGAACAUGUCCAGCUGCCCUACAGCCACUUGGGAAUCUUGAUGGAGACAGUCUCAGGUUACCUGAAAAUUGUUUCCAAGCUAGGCUUGGUGAUCAUGUGGAACCAAGAGGAUGGCCUUCUGCUUGAACUGAAUGAGAAAUAUGCUAAUCAGACUUGUGGACUUUGUGGAGACUUCAAUGGAAUCUCAACUUUCAAUGAAUUUGUUUCUAACAACAUCAAACUGAAUCCUGUGCAGUUUGGAAACAUGCAGAAGAUGGAUGGACCCACCGAAGAAUGCCAAGAUCCUGCCCCUUCAGCUGCAAGCAAUUGCAGUCAGGAGUUUAGUACUGUCUGCCAAACAGUAUUGACUGGUGAAGCAUUCAUGGGCUGCAAUGCACUGGUUGAAGUACAAGAUUACAUUGAUGCUUGUGUACAAGACUUGUGCAGCUGUGAUAAGUCUGCCACUGAUUAUUGCAUUUGCAACACCUUUGCUGAAUAUUCCCGGCAAUGUGCCCAUGCUGGUGGACUGCCAAUGGAAUGGAGGACAGAAGAUCUGUGUGCCAAGACAUGCCCUUUCAAUAUGGUACACCAGGAAUGUGGCUCCCCCUGUUCUAAUACUUGUACCAAUCCCGAAAGGUCCCAGCUCUGUGAAGAUCAUUGUACAGAUGGCUGCUUUUGUCCACCAGGCACUGUGUUCGAUGACAUAAGCAGCUCUGGUUGCAUCGCUGUGAAGGACUGUCACUGUACUUACAAUGGAGACACUUAUUCUCCUGGAGCUUCUUUUGCAUCCCAGUGCACUGCAUGUACAUGUACUGGAGGCCAGUGGGCCUGUGUCAGCCUUGACUGCCCCGGAAUGUGCUCUGUUGAAGGAGGCUCCCACAUCUCCACAUUUGAUGAGAAACGUUAUUCGGUCUUUGGGGACUGUAGCUAUGUCUUAACUAAGCUCUGUGACAGUAAGGCCUUCACUGUUCUGGGAGACAUUCGAAAAUGUGGCCUGACAGACACCGAGACCUGCCUGAAAGGCAUCGCCAUCAACAUAGAUGGAGGAGAGACAGUAGUUGUGAUCAAGUCUACUGGGGUCGUGUAUGUGAAUAUGAUCCUUUCCCAGCUGCCUAUCUCAGCAUCCAAUGUCACCAUCUUCAGGCCUUCAUCCUUCUUCAUCGUUGUGGAUACAAAAUUGGGCCUCCAGUUACAGAUCCAGCUCGUGCCCAUCAUGCAAUUAUUUGUACGCUUGGACCCAACCCACAAAGAGCAGACAUGUGGUCUCUGUGGAAACUUCAACAAUGUCCAAGCAGAUGACUUCAAAGCUGCCAGUGGAGUAGUAGAAGGAACUUCAGCUGCAUUUGCCAACACGUGGAAAGCACAGGCCAAUUGUCCUGACAUCAAAAAUAUUUUCGAGAACCCAUGUACUCUCAGCAUAGAAAAUGAAAAAUAUGCUUCGCACUGGUGCGGCCUGCUGACGGACAGCAAUGGACCCUUUCAGAAGUGCCACUCUGCAGUAGAUCCUAGUGUUUUCCACACGACCUGUAUGUUUGAUACCUGCAAUUGUGAAAGGAGUGAGGACUGUAUGUGUGCUGCCCUUUCCUCCUAUGUCAGAGCCUGUGCUGCAAAGGGAGUGCUGCUGAGCGGAUGGAGAACCAGCAUCUGUACCAAAUACCAAAUGUGUCCCAAAACCCUGGUUUACCGUUACAACAUUACUUCCUGCCAACCCACCUGCCGAUCUCUGAGUGAGCCUGAUGUCACUUGCAACAUUAAGUUUACCUCCGUGGAUGGAUGCACCUGCGAAGAAGGGAUGUAUAUGGAUGAGAGUGGCAAAUGUGUACCUGCUACCAGCUGCCCCUGCUACUACAAAGGGACUCCUCUACUGUCUGGAGAAGUUAUCCAUGAAAAUGGUGUCAUAUGCACUUGCACACAGGGAAAGCUUCAGUGCAUUGGAGAAGUGAAACCACAACCAGAAUGUUUUGCUCCCAUGGUCUACUUUGACUGCACUAAUGCCACAGUAGGAGCCACUGGAGCCGAGUGUCAGAAGAGCUGUCAGACCCUUGACAUGGGAUGCUACAGCACACAGUGCGUCUCUGGCUGCAUGUGUCCCAAGGAGUUGGUGUCCGAUGGCCAAGGUGGGUGUGUAGCUGCUGAAGAGUGUCCAUGCAUUCACAAUGAAGCCACAUACAAGCCCGGGGACAGCAUCAAGGUGAAAUGUAAUACUUGUACAUGUAAGAACAGAAAGUGGGAGUGCUCCACUGAAUCCUGCCUGGCAACAUGCUCUGUUUAUGGAGAUGGUCAUUACAUCACUUUUGAUGGCAAACGCUAUAGCUUCAGUGGAGACUGUGAAUACACACUGGUCCAGGAUCAUUGCGGUAAAAACAAUUCAAAUGCAGGGACUUUCAGAGUGAUCACGGAGAACAUCCCCUGUGGCACCACCGGGACAACCUGCUCAAAAGCCAUUAAAGUCUUCAUGGGGAACUAUGAGCUGAUACUCGCUGAUGAAAAAUUUACAGUGGUACAGAGGCUUUCUGGUGGAGGUGAAGUGCCAUUCAAGGUCCGCUACAUGGGAAUCUACAUGGUGAUUGACACCACAGCUGGACUGGUCCUGUUGUGGGACAAGAAAACCAGUAUGUUCAUCAAACUCAAUGACGAAUUUAAGGGUCAAGUUUGUGGCCUCUGUGGAAACUAUGAUGGCAAUGACAUAAACGACUUCACCACCAGGAGCCAGUCUGUUGUAGGAGACGUACUGGAGUUUGGUAACAGCUGGAAGGUGUCUCCCACUUGCCCAGAUGCCCCGGGCAGCAGAGAUCCUUGUUCUACAAACCCAUAUAGGAGUUCUUGGGCCCAGAAGCAAUGUAGCAUCAUUAACAGCAAAGUGUUUGCUUCCUGCCACUCUCAGGUUGAACCAACUAAAUAUUAUGAAGCCUGCAUCUCUGAUGCCUGUGCUUGUGACACUGGGGGAGACUGUGAAUGCUUCUGUACUGCUGUAGCCGCCUAUGCUCAGGCGUGCAAUGAAGCUGGCAGUUGCAUUUCUUGGAGAACUCCAAACAUCUGCCCUCUGUUCUGUGAUUACUAUAAUCCAAAAGAGGAGUGUGAGUGGCACUACCAGCCUUGUGGCUCUCCUUGUAUGAAGACUUGCAGAAACCCAAGUGGAAAAUGCCUCCAUGAGUUACAAGGCUUGGAAGGCUGCUAUCCAAAGUGUCCAACUGAUAAGCCCUAUUUUGAUGAAGAUGAGAUGCAGUGUGUUGAUCUUCCAGCAUGUGGCUGCUUUGAUGGCAAAGGAAACCACUAUAAACCAGGAGAAAAAAUGCCUUCACAAAAGAGCUGUGAAUCAUGCUAUUGUUCCAUGGCUGGCAAACCAGAGUGCCGAUACGAUGAACUUGAAUGCCACUGCAUCUAUGAAGGGAAGAUUAGCAAGCCAGGGGAUGUCAUCUACAACACAACAGAUGGCAUUGGAGGGUGCAUCACUGCGAUUUGCAGUAAGAAUGGAACAAUAGAGAGGAAUAUCUUCCCAUGCACAACAACACCCACCACAACCACAACCACCACCACCACUGCACCAACCACUACCGUCUUUAACUUUUCCAGUACCUCUUCACCAGCAACCACUACUGCAGUGCCUGUAACAACAUCCGUUUGUGUUCAGGAAGUAUGCCAGUGGUCACAGUGGUAUGAUGUGAGCCAGCCUGGCUCUGGAGAUGAUGAUGGAGAUUUUGAUACUUUUGAAAAACUACGAGCAGAAGGAUAUAAAGUCUGCAGAGCUCCAAGGGCCGUUGCCUGCAGAGCUGAGAAAUUUCCCAAUACUCCAUUAAGUGAACUGGGCCAGAAAGUAGAAUGCAGUAAAACAGUGGGGCUAAUCUGUUACAACAAGGAUCAGCAUCCAAUGAGCUGCCACAAUUAUCAAAUCAAAAUCCAGUGUUGUAGCUUUGAACCAUGUGGCAUUACUGCAUCGACACCUGGGACUACGCACACAACAACACCAACUACUCUUCCUGUAACAACUCCUACUCCUGUAACAACACCAAAGCUACCACCUACCACAACUGUAGUAACCGAAACAACUAGCAUCUCAACUACAACCCCAACAACCACAACAGAAAUACCACGGUCAACACCUUGUAAACUCACAUGUAAAUGGACUGAAUGGUACGAUGUGCACUUUCCCACUUUGGACAACAAAGGGGAUUUUGAAACAUACGACAUCAUUAAGGCUGCAGGAAAAGAUAUAUGCCAAAAACCUGAACGUAUAGAAUGCAGGGCAGAGAAAUAUCCAGAGAAAUCUAUUGAUGAAAUUGGACAAACUGUGCAGUGCAAUGUGACAUUUGGCUUUGUCUGCAAAAAUGAAGAACAGUCAGGAAUCUUGCAGAUGUGUUAUAACUAUCAGAUCAAAGUAUACUGCUGUUAUACUGACUGCUUGACCACCACUCCAGAAACUACAACAGCAAGCACAAGUACUGUUUCAGUAACUACCACAGUUACUAGUACAACUCCAGAAACAACAUCUACAUCAAUAGUGACAACUAAGCCAAAAACAACAACAGUCACAACCACACCUUCUACUACUAAAUCUACAACCACAACUACUACAGCCACAACGUCCACUACAAUUCCAGAAACUACAACUGAAACAACACCUUCUACAACUAAAAUUAUAACCACACCCACAACAAAAGAAACAACACAUCCAACUGUGUCAACAACUACAUCAACAACCUCGCACAUUACAACAAAAGGUACAACCACAGUGUCAACUACUUCUGAAGCAACAACACUAACCACAACACCUCCAACUACAACACAGUCACCAACAACAGUAACAACUGUUCCAGAGACAACAAAAAGUUUAGAAACGACAACAAUUUCAACAACAGCCCCUUCGACACCUGAACAAUGCACAAAGGAAGUUUGUGAAUGGUCACAGUGGUAUGAUAUAAGUUACCCAGGAUCCGCACCAGAUGAUGGAGAUUUUGAUACAUUUAAGAAUAUAAGAGCCAAAGGAUACAAAGUCUGUAAGGCACCAAAAAAUGUUGAAUGCAGAGCAGAAAGAUAUCCUGAUACACCACUAAAUGAAUUAGAGCAAAAAGUUACUUGUAGUAAAACAGAAGGACUCAUAUGUUACAACAAAGAACAACUUCCACCAAUUUGCUAUAAUUAUGAGAUAAGAAUUGAAUGCUGUGAAAAAAUAAUUGUACCAUGUCCAACAACCAGACCGCUAACAACUACAAAGCCUUUAACUACAACCUCACAAACAACGACCACCAGCAAAACAACCACAACAGCAUCAACACCAAUAAGUACUACCAAAGAAAAGACUAUUAUUACACAAACUCAGACAACUACACAGCCAUCAAAAGCACCGCUACUAAAUGGAACAACAUCAAUCACAACUAAACCUCUACAAACAACAAAAGUCACAACAAGGACAACACCAUUAAUUACUACAAAACCUGAAACACCGAAAACUAAGCCGACAACUGAAGUUACAACAACGAAGCCAGGAACAACUACAAAAUUGCAAACCACCACAACACAAACAACGGAAACAACCACCAGUCUCAUCACAACAACAAAAGCAACCACCACACCUGUGGUAGUAAGCACGACUUUGCCUAGAAUGACACCAGAAAGGACUACAAUGGUGACAACCACCAGUGCCACCACCACUCCCAAACCAACCAUUACAGUUCCAGAAACGACCACCACCACACCAGUAACAACUACAGAACCCAAAACCACUACAAAACAGCCAACAACGACACCAACCACCACACCUCGGCCAGUAAGCACAACCACCUUGCCCACGACCACUGUACCAGUCACCACAACAACUACCGAGACGACUACCACCUCUCCAGAAACAACAACGUGUGGACCUAUAUGUCACUGGACCGACUGGUUUGAUGUUGACUAUCCCACUUCUGGACCAAACGGGGGUGACAUUGAGACAUAUAACAACAUCCGAGAUGCGGGUGGCAAGAUCUGUGCCAAGCCAUCAAACAUCCAGUGCAGGGCUGAAAAUCACCCUGACCUCAGCCUUGACCAACUCGAUCAGAUAGUAGAGUGUAAUGUUGACUCUGGACUAGUUUGCAGGAAUGAUGAACAAAUUGGGAGAUUCAAGCAGUGCUUGAAUUAUGAGAUACGGGUGUUGUGCUGUGAAGUAAACCCACGUUGCCCACCUACAACCAUCCCAACUACCACCACUCCUAAACCAACCACUACUGCUCCAGAAACAACCACCACCACACCAGUAACAACUACUGCACCCAAAACCACCACAACACAACCAACAACGACAACCACCACCACUCCCAAACCCACCACUACAGCUCCAGAAACAACCACCACCACACCAGUAACAACUACUGCACCCAAAACCACCACAACACAACCAACAACCACCACCACCACCACUCCCAAACCAACCACUACUGCUCCAGAAACAACAACCACAACACCAGUAACAACUACAGCACCAAAAACCACCACAACACAACCAACAACGACAACCACCACCACCACCACCACACCUCGGCCAGUAAGCACAACCACCUUGCCCACAACCACUGUGCCAGUCACCACCACAACAACUGAAACGACUACCACCUCUCCAGAAACAACAACCUGUGGACCAAUAUGUCAGUGGACUGAUUGGUUUGAUGUUGACUAUCCCACAUCUGGACCUAACGGGGGUGACAUUGAGACAUAUAACAAGAUCCGGGCUGCAGGAGGAAAGAUCUGUGCCAAGCCAUCAAACAUCCAGUGCAGGGCUGAAAAUCACCCUGGCCUCAGCCUUGACCAGCUUGGUCAGAAAGUUGAGUGUAAUGUUGAUUCUGGACUGGUUUGCAAGAAUGAUGAGCAAAUUGGGAAAAUCAGGCAGUGCUUGAAUUAUGAGAUACGGGUGUUGUGCUGUGAAGUAAACCCACGUUGCCCACCUACAACCAUCCCAACCACCACCACUCCCAAACCCACCACUACAGCUCCAGAAACAACCACCACGACACCAGUAACAACUACAGUACCCCAAACCACCACAACACAGCCAACAACGACAACCACCACCACUACCACUCCCAAACCAACUACUACAGCUCCAGAAACAACCACCACCACACCAAUAACAACUACAGCACCCAAAACAACCACAACGCAACCAACAACGACAACCACCACCACCACCACACCUCGGCCAGUAAGCACAACCACCUUGCCCACGACCACUGUACCAAUCACCACAACUACCGAGACGACUACCACCUCUCCAGAAACAACAACCUGUGGACCUAUAUGUCAGUGGACCGACUGGUUUGAUGUUGACUAUCCCACUUCCGGACCUAACGGGGGUGACAUUGAGACAUAUAACAAGAUCCGUGCUGCAGGAGGGAAGAUCUGUGCCAAGCCAUCAAACAUCCAGUGCAGGGCUGAAAAUCACCCUGGCCUCAGCCUUGACCAGGUUGGUCAGAAAGUUGAGUGUAAUGUUGAUUCUGGACUGGUUUGCAAGAAUGAUGAGCAAAUUGGGAAAAUCAGGCAGUGCUUGAAUUAUGAGAUACGGGUGUUGUGCUGUGAAGUAAACCCACGUUGCCCACCUACAACAGUCCCAACCACCACCACUCCCAAACCAACCACUACUGCUCCAGAAACAACAACCACCACACCAGUAACAACUACUGCACCCAAAACCACCACAACACAAGCAAUAACGACAACCACCACCACUCCCAAACCAACCACUACAGCUCCAGAAACAACCACCACCACACCAGUAACAACUACAGCACCCAGAACCACCACAACACAACCAACAACAACAACCACCACCACUCCCAAACCAACCACUACUGCUCCAGAAACAACAACCACAACACCAGUCACAACUACAGCACCAAAAACCACCACAACACAACCAACAACCACCACCACCACCAGCACCACUCCCAAACCAACCACUACUGCUCCAGAAACAACAACCACAACACCAGUCACAACUACAGCACCAAAAACCACCACAACACAACCAACAACGACAACAACCACCACCACCACACCUCGGCCAGUAAGCACAACCACCUUGCCCACAACCACUGUGCCAGUCACCACCACAACAACUGAGACGACUACCACCUCUCCAGAAACAACAACCUGUGGACCAAUAUGUCAGUGGACUGACUGGUUUGAUGUUGACUAUCCCACAUCUGGACCUAACGGGGGUGACAUUGAGACAUAUAACAAGAUCCGGGCUGCAGGAGGAAAGAUCUGUGCCAAGCCAUCAAACAUCCAGUGCAGGGCUGAAAAUCACCCUGACCUCCGCCUUGACCAGGUUGGUCAGAAAGUUGAGUGUAAUGUUGAUUCUGGACUGGUGUGCAAGAAUGAUGAGCAAAUUGGGAAAUUUAAGCAGUGCUUGAAUUAUGAGAUACGGGUGUUGUGCUGUGAAGUAAACCCACAUUGCCCACCUACAACCAUCCCAACCACCACCACUCCCAAACCAACCACGACAGCUCCAGAAACAACCACCACCACACCAGUAACAACUACAGCACCGAAAACCACCACAACACAACCAACAACGACAACCACCACCACCACCACACCUCGGCCAGUAAGUACAACCACCUUGCCCACAACCACUGUGCCAGUCACCACCACAACAACUGAGACAACUACCACCCCUCCAGAAACAACAACUUGUGGACCUAUAUGUCACUGGACCGACUGGUUUGAUGUUGACUAUCCCACUUCCGGACCAAACGGGGGUGACAUUGAGACGUACAACAAGAUCCGUGAUGCAGGAGAGAAGAUCUGUGCCAAACCAUCAAACAUCCAGUGCAGGGCUGAAAAUGACCCUGACCUCCGCCUUGACCAGGUUGGUCAAGUUGUCGAGUGUAAUGUUGACUCUGGACUGGUGUGCAAGAAUGAUGAGCAAAUUGGGAAAUUUAAGCAGUGCUUGAAUUAUGAGAUACGGGUGUUGUGCUGUGAAGUAAACCCACGUUGCCCACCUACAACCAUCCCAACCACCACCACUCCCAAACCAACCACGACAGCUCCAGAAACAACUACCACCACACCAGUAACAACUACAGCACCAAAAACCACCACAACACAACCAACAACGACAACCACCACCACUACCACACCUCGGCCAGUAAGUACAACCACCUUGCCCACAACCACUGUGCCAGUCACUACCACAACAACUGAGACGACUACCACCCCUCCAGAAACAACAACUUGUGGACCUAUAUGUCACUGGACCGACUGGUUUGAUGUUGACUAUCCCACUUCCGGACCAAACGGGGGUGACAUUGAGACGUACAACAAGAUCCGUGAUGCAGGAGAGAAGAUCUGUGCCAAACCAUCAAACAUCCAGUGCAGGGCUGAAAAUGACCCUGACCUCCGCCUUGACCAGGUUGGUCAAGUUGUCGAGUGUAAUGUUGACUCUGGACUGGUGUGCAAGAAUGAUGAGCAAAUUGGGAAAUUUAAGCAGUGCUUGAAUUAUGAGAUACGGGUGUUGUGCUGUGAAGUAAACCCACGUUGCCCACCUACAACCAUCCCAACCACCACCACUCCCAAACCAACCACGACAGCUCCAGAAACAACCACCACCACACCAGUAACAACUACAGCACCAAAAACCACCACAACACAACCAACAACGACAACCACCACCACUACCACACCUCGGCCAGUAAGUACAACCACCUUGCCCACAACCACUGUGCCAGUCACUACCACAACAACUGAGACGACUACCACCCCUCCAGAAACAACAACUUGUGGACCUAUAUGUCACUGGAGCGACUGGUUUGAUGUUGACUAUCCCACUUCCGGACCAAACGGGGGUGACAUUGAGACAUACAACAAGAUCCGUGAUGCAGGAGAGAAGAUCUGUGCCAAACCAUCAAACAUCCAGUGCAGGGCUGAAAAUGACCCUGACCUCCGCCUUGACCAGGUUGGUCAAGUUGUCGAGUGUAAUGUUGACUCUGGACUGGUGUGCAAGAAUGAUGAGCAAAUUGGGAAAUUUAAGCAGUGCUUGAAUUAUGAGAUACGGGUGUUGUGCUGUGAAGUAAACCCACGUUGCCCACCUACAACCAUCCCAACCACCACCACUCCCAAACCAACCACGACAGCUCCAGAAACAACCACCACCACACCAGUAACAACUACAGCACCAAGAACCACCACAACACAACCAACAACGACAACCACCACCACCACCACACCUCGGCCAGUAAGUACAACCACCUUGCCCACAACCACUGUGCCUGUCACCACCACAACAACUGAGACGACUACCACCUCUCCAGAAACAACAACUUGUGGACCUAUAUGUCACUGGACCGACUGGUUUGAUGUUGACUAUCCCACUUCCGGACCAAACGGGGGUGACAUUGAGACAUACAACAAGAUCCGUGAUGCAGGAGAGAAGAUCUGUGCCAAACCAUCAAACAUCCAGUGCAGGGCUGAAAAUGACCCUGACCUCCGCCUUGACCAGGUUGGUCAAGUUGUCGAGUGUAAUGUUGAUUCUGGACUGGUUUGCAAGAAUGAUGAGCAAAUUGGGAAAUUUAAGCAGUGCUUGAAUUAUGAGAUACGGGUGUUGUGCUGUGAAGUAAACCCACGUUGCCCACCUACAACGAUCCCAACCACCACCACUCCCAAACCAACCACGACAGCUCCAGAAACAACCACCACCACACCAGUAACAACUACAGCACCCAUAACCACCACAACACAGCCAACCACCACUACCACCACCACUCCCAAACCAACCACUACUGCUCCAGAAACAACAACCACAACACCAUUAACAACUACAGUACCCAAAACCACCACAACACAACCAACAACGACAACCACCACACCUCGGCCAGUAAGCACAACCACCUUGCCCACAACCACUGUGCCUGUCAGCACCACCACUACUGAGACGACUACCACCUCUCCAGAAACAACAACUUGUGGACCUAUAUGUCAGUGGACCGACUGGUUUGAUGUUGACUAUCCCACAUCUGGACCUAACGGGGGUGACAUUGAGACGUAUAACAAAAUUCGGGCUGUAGGAGGGAAAAUCUGUGCCAAGCCAUCAAACAUCCAGUGCAGGGCUGAAAAUCACCCUGACCUCCGCCUUGACCAGCUUGGUCAGAAAGUUGAGUGUAAUGUUGAUUCUGGACUGGUUUGCAAGAAUGAUGAGCAAAUUGGGAAAUUCAGGCAGUGCUUGAAUUAUGAGAUACGGGUGUUGUGCUGUGAAGUAAACCCACGUUGCCCACCUACAACCAUCCCAACCACCACCACUCCCAAACCAACCACGACAGUACCAGUAACACCAACUGCCUGUUUCUGCAAGAUUAAUGAAACCAUUUACAGACGUGGUGAUACGAUUUACAAUAAAACAGACAGUGAUGGUUGCCUUUUCACUGCUGUUUGUAGUAAAACAUGUUCUGUUGAGAGAUCCAAAGGUCCAUGCAAACUAACAACACCAAAACCCACUCCGACAGUUGUUGUCACAACCCCCACCCCCACCACUACCAUUGCCACUACCACUACCACCACUGAGCAACCUGGAUGCCCAGAUGCUAAACCACCCUUAAAGACUGGCGACAAAUGGGUAUCGAACUGCACCGUAUCAACUUGUGAGGGAAACAAUAAAAUUUCUGUAAAGCAAGUACAGUGUCCACCAGUGAGGAAUAUUGUUUGUGAAAAUGGGUACCCACCAAUCAAAGUCUUCAGUGAAGAUGGCUGCUGUUAUCACUAUGAAUGUGAAUGUGUUUGUAGCGGCUGGGGUGAUCCUCACUAUAUCACAUUUGAUGGAACGUACUACACUUUCCUGGACAACUGCACAUAUGUGUUGGUGCAGCAGAUUACACCUAAAUACGACAACUUCAGGAUUCUAAUUGAUAAUUACUUCUGUGAUGCUGAAGAUGGACUUUCAUGCCCUCAGUCUAUCAUUGUUUACUACAAAACUUCAGUGGUAGUGCUAACCCGCAAACUCUUUGAUGGUGUGGAAGCUAACAAGAUCUACUUCGAUGGUAAGAUUGUCAACCCAGGCUUCCAGAAAGACGGCAUUUUUGUCUCCAUGGUUGGUGUGAACAUGGUAGUUGAGAUUCCUGAGCUUGGGGCUGUCAUCACCUUCAGCGGUUUGAUCUUCUCAAUAAAACUUCCAUAUAGCAAAUUUGGCAACAACACCGAAGGACAGUGUGGUACCUGUACAAAUGACAGAAAAGAUGAAUGUCGCUUACCAACUGGCGAGAUAACUAGUUGUCCCUACAUGGCUCCCCAUUGGAAAGUCGAUGAUGAGAAGAAGAACUACUGCAAAAACAAAACAGUACUUCCUGUCACACCAACACCAGCAGUACCUUGCAAACCUUCCCCUGUUUGUGAUAUAAUUCUGAGCGAAGUCUUCUCUGAUUGCCAUCAAAUCAUACCUCCAAAGCCCUUCCACCAAGGUUGCUCCUUUGAUUCUUGCCACAUAGUCAAUACCACCAUGCAGUGUUCAGGCUUAGAGAUAUAUGCUUCACUCUGUGCCUCUAAAGGUGUUUGCAUUGACUGGAGAGCGAAGACUAAUGGUUCAUGCCCAUACAGCUGUCCUGAAGGCAAAGUAUAUGACCCAUGUGGCCCUAUCAACCCUCCCACAUGUGAUAAUAGCAGGGCUAGUCAGCAUAAUGGCACUGGCAUAGUUGAAGGUUGCUUCUGUGCUCCUGGAACCAAGCUCUUCAACUCCUACAAUGAUAUCUGUGUAGAACAAUGUGGUUGUACUGGACCAGACGGGAUGCCCAAAGAGCCUGGAGCAAGCUGGAUCAGCAACUGCCAGGAGUGUACUUGUGAAAAAUAUACUCUUAAAGUGCAGUGUACACCAAAGAUAUGUGCAACACCUGUCCCAGAACGUUGUGAAUUUGAAGGCUUUGUGCCUGUCAGUGUCACAACACCUGAAGAUAAAUGCUGUCCUCAGAUGAAAUGUGUAUGCAACACUAGUUACUGUCCUGAAUCUGUUGAGACCUGUCCAGUAGGAUAUGAAUUAAAACAACAAAAGCUGCCAGGAGAUUGCUGCAUUAAAGCCACUUGUGUGAAAAUACCCGGCUGUAUUGACAAAGACAUAUUCUACAAACCUGGAGCAGUUGUUCCAAGAGGCCUCUGUGAAACGUGCAGAUGUUCUGUUGAGCAAGAUCCAGAAAGCCAAAUAAACACGGUGGAAUGUGUGUCACAAGCAUGUGACAAAAACUGCCCAGUGGCCCAAGAAUACAAGGAAAUCCCUGGACAAUGCUGUGGUAAAUGCUCAGCGGUAGCAUGUGUUAUAAAAGAGGGAUCCAGUGUUCAGGUUAUCAAGCCUGGGGAGAUUUGGCAUCAUCCAGGAAACAACUGCACAACUUAUGAAUGUGAAUUGAUUGAGGACCAGUAUAUUCCUGUCCCUACCAAAAGACCCUGCGCUCCACUUAACUGCCCACCUGAGAAUGUGAGACUGAGUGAAGAUGGCUGCUGCAAGGUGUGCGGACCUCCACCGGGAGAUUGUAUUCCAAAGAACAUCACAAGUCUCAUCAGACAUAAUGGAUGUGAAGCUACUGAACCUGUCGAAUUACGGUACUGCGAAGGCCACUGUGGCAGUUCUUCAAUAUACUCUUCUGAGGCUAACACAUUGGAUCACACAUGUGCAUGCUGUAAGGAAAGCAAAACCAGCAAGAGGCAAGUGACACUGAUGUGCCCUGAUCGCUCCACCAUUGAAUAUUCAUACAUCCAUGUUGACUCAUGUGAGUGUGUGAGCAAUCAAUGUGAUGUGAAGCCCAGCCCAACACCAGGAGAGCAAGAACAGCAGCAGCAGCAGCAGGAAGAACAGCAGCAACAGCAGCAGGAAGAGCAGCAGCAGCAGCAGCAGCAGCAAGAAGAACAGCAGCUUGGCCAGAAAUAAAAACAGGAGCCAGGACUGACCUAGACAUUUUUUAAAUGACCAACACCAAUAAUUAACAGAAGAUAAAUUAAAAUGAAUCUUGCUGUUUUGAAAUAAAAAGUAUCCAAGGCAGCAACUUGAACAUACAGAUGAAUUUCUCUUCUUCUAAAUCUACUCUUGGCAGAAAAGUAUUUUCUUUUCUUUGGGGUGCCAAACAAUUAGAAGUUCUAGGUGACACUUUUCUUGGGGCAAGGCCUUUGUGAGACUACACUGUGCAGUUACAAAUAACUUGGAGAGGAAAGUAUUUGGCAUGAUAAAAGGUUAGGGUGGGAGACAAAAAAAGGAUUUUAGCUUGAACUCUUGUGAAGUUAUGAUGCCAAUAUUAACAAAGCAUUGGUACAGACACUGGCAUUUCUAAUACACCCAGAAGAAUUUCCUCCACCAAGUAGCACAAGCCAGCCAUAACUUUGGAGCAGAAAGAGCUACUCAUAGUGUCCAGUUCCAUUACAGUUCCAUUGGUCAACAUGGUCUGUUCUCUAUCACCUUUGCAAAAGUUAGAUCUCACUUUCAUAACUUGGUCAGCCUUUUUUGUGUUUUUUUCCCAAGUUCCUUUUUCUACAAACUUCAACCUCUCAAAGGCUGUGGGGCUAUAAUACUCAGAUAUUAUUUGUAGAUCUAUUUUUGUACAAAAAAACUCCCCAUGAAGUAUGGCUGCUGCUGAAGAAGACUGUUUACAUGCUAUCAUCAGCAUAUUAAUUGUAUGAAGAUCUGGAUUUUUUAAAAUAUAAAUGUUUACAAAAUGAACAUAAGAUAUAUAGAUAUAUUUGCCGAAUUGUCAUAUGAAGAACUUUUUAAACCAAAGUAGUAAAUAUCAAUAAUAUAAAUUCUGUUCUAGGACAAUGAAUUAUUUUUUAACGUUGUACCAUUACUAUUUAUUUGUUUCUGGAAAAUAGACUAUUUUCUUCUGUAUUAGCACCAUCUGUCAAAUGAUGCCUGGUUGAGGGAUAUCUUUACCUUUUGCUGUUUUUAUUUGUUUCUUAAAGAGAACAGUUUCAAUGAUUAAUAAAAUUUUAGCAUUUUGCA